AUGGCUUCUGCAAAUAUUGCACCAUCUGCUCCAUUGGCUCCUUCAUCAUCAUCUAUUGAUGAUCUCCUUGAAUGUCCAAUCUGUCUAGAUACAUUUCGUGAUCCAAAAGUGAUGGACUGUCAACAUACCUUUUGCGCUGAUUGUUUGGUCAAUUAUCAACGAACAAAUGCUCAUCUAUUUUCUUCAUCAAAUCGAAUCGAAUGUCCUCAAUGUCGUCAUCCAUCAAAUUUAAUCAAUAAUAACGUUGAUUCAUUACCAACUAAUUUUAUUGUUCGUGACAUUAUUGAACGACGUUUUGGUGCCUCCUAUACGCCACCAGUUCGUCCACCAGGCUAUUCGGAACAAAUUCGUGAUCGUUUACAACAAAUUCGAAAAGAUGAUGAUGGAAUUAAUUUUAAGCAUUUAAAACCUGCUGGUGCUGCUCUAGUGGGUGUAUUGGCCGGUCUCGUCGCAGUAAAAGUAGCCAAAUCUAUACGUUCAUCCAUUUCAGACAAGAAUCAUAAAUAA